ACUUGCAAUAGAUAGCAGGAGCUCUUCGAAAGUCCUAGGUUGUGCACUAAUGUGUACUCAAUUAAGGUAGGACCCCCUACUGUGUAUGAUCCAAUUACGAACAGGAGACAUAUACUUUGGCAACUAGUUUGAGCAGCUCCACUUGUUCAAAUUGCAUUGAUUGCAACUUUCAGAGGGAAAAGAGGAUUGGAAAUGCAAGUGCUCUAUUAGAAUUGCUGGUGAUUGUUCUGGAAAUGUUCAAUUUCGUUCUUUCCACCGACUUUGGCGUGCUAUUGAAAAAGCUCCUUCAAGUGAAAGGGAUUAUAUUGCCGCCGUAACUGGUUGCUGGGGUCCGUCUAGAAAUUUUGGUAGGACUUCGUCGUUGGUUCCUUUUUUUAGAACUGUAGCAGCAGCAACCGUCAUGACGAGAUUACGCUCGUACGUAUCACAUGGCUAUACACAUUAUUAUCCACUUCUUUUUCCACCUUUCAUUCUUUCCACCUUGCGCCGUGCCGACCCUUUUGAACGGAGCGAAAAGCCAAAAGAAGGAAAAAAGGAAAAGAAACGAGCUGUAAGGGAGAUGUGCAUCAUAAAAGAGGAACGUUCAGUCGCGACCGUAGCUCACAAGGCUCUUGGCUCACGAUCGAGUCUGUUGUGCGGCAUUUUCGUUUUGAGUUUGGGCCGCGUAGCCGAGAGCAACAGUUUUGUUAACGAUUUUUUCGUAUUCUCGAGGUUCUAUGAAAUAACGUUGUUUUAGUCGGCGGUUUUUCUGUGUUUAAAAAGCUUCUCAAUUUGACCCGAAUCUUUUUGUCUAUCUAGUGUGACCUAAAUCAACGACUUUCUCACUCUAGUAGGAGGAGUUGUUGCUGUUCUUGGUGCUGUCUGGUGCUCGAGAGAAAGUUGCUGCUCUUUGUUGUUGGCUGCUGUCGUUUUUAUGGUCAGUCCAAGUGGAUGAUCAGAGCAGACAAAAGAAGAAGAAGAGAAGAGAAGUGAAAGAAUGCUGAUGGGCUUCCGCCGCUACUGGACGACGUCUUUGCCAGAACAGGCGUCCACCACCACCACCGCCACCGCUACCACCACACCAGAAAACCAAUCCGUGCCAGGAUCCUGCUGUCUUUGCACUUUGAGCAGCAGGGAGAAACCGCCAUAGAGAAGAAGAAGAAGAAAGAAAAAGAAACUUGCGACGGACGCUAUCGAUCCAUCCGCAGAUUCUUCCAUCCUUUCGCUACCCGACAGCGUCUUUUAUUAUUUUGCUGCUACUACCCACCCCACCGGCCUCAUCUUCUAUUCUGUUCGUCCCUCCUUUUUUUUCUUCCUUUGCACUUUUAACUUGAGCCAAACUUUUGGUUUUCUCCAUUUUCUUUGAUCAAGAAGAAGAAUCUGAAUUCUGAAACCGUUUGCUGUGCUCUUCCGCCCGACGGACCGCCCCCCUUCAUCUCUCGGCCACUGUCAGCGGGACAGACGUUGGUGGUCCGGCCUCGUGCAAAAAAGUUCUAGUCAUUUCAGCCAGGCCGUGAUGGCGUCAUCCAGCCCUUCGGCCGCUCAUACGCCAGAUGUGAAAGGAGUGCAGCCGCUGGGCGUCGGUGGUGGCCCUGCCAUGCCUCCACCUUUACUGCGGCCGGGUGAUCCCCUCUGGGUGGAGCAGUCGUUUAGCAAACGGGAUUGCUCCCGUUUCGUCACCAGCACCAAAGAAGUUUCCCUGUGCGCUUGCGGCCAAACGUGGGCCUACCACAAGACUCACGGCGUCGACAGCGUCGGAGAGCCGGGUGAAACCUGGGCACCGGCUUUUCACACGACCAGCAGCCCCACCGAUGCCUACGGCACCAUCGACUUCCUGGGAGGCCCUCAUCCCAACAAGGCCCAGUUCAUCCGCCUGGGAUUUGACUCGCGAUCCGACCUCAUUCUCCAGCUCCUGACUCGCGAGUGGGGACUGGAAUUGCCCAAACUCAUCAUCUCGGUCCACGGAGGCAAAGCCAAUUUCGAACUCAAUCCGCGUCUCAAGCGCAUCCUUCGCAAGGGACUUUUGAGGGCCGCCAAAACCACCGGUGCUUGGAUCCUGACGGGUGGGACCAGUACGGGAGUGACUCGACAUGUUGGCGACGCUUUGAUAUCGGAACGGUCGCCUCGACUGAGAGGGGGCCGCGUCGUCAGUAUCGGCGUCGCUCCCUGGGGUGUGGUGGAAAAUCGAGCGUCAUUGAUCGGCCGGAAGAAGGAUGUUGCCUACCAAUCCAUCGAUCAUCCGCGUUCGAAAUUCGCUGCUCUCAACAACCGACACGCCUAUUUUCUGCUGGCCGAUAACGGGACAGUCGGUCGGUACGGAGCGGAGAUUGCCCUGCGGAGGAAACUGGAGAAAUACAUAUCCAGCCAACGGCUUCCGGCUCGAACUAAUUGUUCUAUUCCCGUCGUCUGCUUGGUCGUCGAAGGAGGGAUGCACACCAUCAGGACGGUGCUGGAAUACGUGACGGAUUCGCCACCUGUUCCGGUUGUUGUGGUGGAAGGGUCAGGCCGGGCCGCCGAUCUGAUUGCCUUUGCGCACAAAUACGCGACAGAGACGGGCGAAUCGUCGACUGUGCUGGACGGGAUGCGAGAACAACUCUUGGCCGCCAUCCAGCGCACAUUUCACGUCCAUCAGUCUCAGGCCGACAAGUUGUUGGCCGAGCUCCUCCAAUGCGUCAAGAAGAAAAACCUCAUCACCAUUUUCCGGCCGUCGGACAACACGGCCACUUCGGACGUCAUCGGCGACGGCCACGAAUUGGACCACUCGAUCCUGAGUGCCCUUUUCCGCGCCCGUCACUUGUCGGCAGCCGAGCAACUUUGUUUGGCCUUGGCCUGGAAUCGAGUCGACAUUGCCCGUUCCGAGAUCUUCGUCUACGGCCAAGAAUGGGCCGAUGGAGCCCUGGAAGAAGCCAUGAUGGAAGCCUUGGUGAAGAAUCGCGUUGACUUUGUCAAAUUGCUGUUGGAGACGGGAGUGCAAAUGGCCAGAUUUCUAACCAUCGCCCGACUGGAGGAACUCUACAACUCGAAACAAGGGCCGGCCAACACGCUGAGGUACAUCGUUCGUGACGUCCGUCCGCACAUGCCGCGCAAUUAUUCCUUCACUCUGAUCGAUAUCGGACUGGUCAUCAACAAGUUGAUGGGCGGUGCCUAUCGAUCUUCCUACACCCGGCGAAAGUUCCGCCACAACUACACCGUCUUGAUGAAGAAACCGACGCCCAUCGUCCAGAGUGCCUUGGCCCGCGUCUACAGCAAUCACGUCCUGCGCAACGGAGGCAACAAUCAGAGUCUAAUGGACGAGAGCCAAUGUCACGCCGAGGCUUCGUUCACUUUGUUUUCCCAGCAGCCGUUCAAUGAACUUCUCAUCUGGUCCGUGUUGACCAAACGCCAAGACAUGGCCAAAUUGAUGUGGCACCAUGGCGAGGAGGCACUGGCCAAAGCCUUGAUUGCCAGCAAACUCUACCGGGCCAUGGCCAGUGAAGCGGCCGACGACGAUUUGGAGGUGGAAAUCUACGACGAGUUGCGCAGUUAUGCGGCCGAAUUCGAUCGCGAGGCUCUCGAGUUGCUCGACUAUUGUUACCGUCAAGAUGACGACCUCGCCAUGCAAUUGCUGACCUGUGAAUUGUCUAAUUGGUCCAGGCAGACCUGCCUGAGGUUGGCCUUUGCCUGUCACCACCGGGAACUGCUGGCCCAUCCAUGUUCUCAGCUCAUCCUGGGCGACUUGUGGCUGGGAGGAUUGCGGACUCGUCGCUCGACCAACUUGAAAAUUGUCCUGGCCAUCCUGUGCCCGCCACUGAUUCUUCGUUUGGAAUUCAAAUCGAAAGAAGAGCUCCAACUGAUGCCCCAGACGGAAGAGGAGCACAUGAUCGACCUGAAAGACGAAGGGCGAGACAACAACACGAGCAGCGACCAUUCGUCGUCCAAUUCUUCAUCCGCUUCCUCCUCUCCGUCCAGUUCGCCGAGAUCCGAGCGGAGUGCCAGCGCCAGGUCGAGGCGCAGCGUCAACGAAGGGGUCGAGAUGAACGCGGGCGGUGGCACCGGAAGCGGCGUCCGCCAACGGCUUCAUUCCGGCUCGUCGACCCUGGCCCUGGCCGCCAGUACCCUGCCCAUCAUCGAGAAGGACGAGCUAAACGGAGAGAACAACACGAGCAAAGAACAGAUCGUCUACGAGGUGGUCGAUCCGGGCGUCAUUUACGAGCGUCGCCGGAUGCGUCAGUUGCGGAUCAAGAGGAAAUUCUACGAAUUCUACGCGGCGCCCAUCACGAAAUUCUGGUCCUGGUCCAUGGCCUAUUUCUUCUUCCUGAUUGUUUACACGUACACGAUGCUGAUCCGGACGCCUGCGACGCCCGAGUGGAACGAGUACUACGUCAUCCUGCAUAUGGCCAGUUUUGGCGGCGAGAAAGUGCGCGAGAUCAUGUCCAGCGAGCCGGUCAAACUCAGUCACAAGAUAUCCGUCUGGGCGUCGGGCGUGUGGAAUUGCUGCGACGCCUUUUUCGUCAUUGAAUUCUUCAUCGCCAUGGUGUUUCGCUUGCAGGAAGACACGCUGGAAAUUGGUCGUGUCCUCUACUGUCUCAACAUUGUCUUUUGGUACAUAAGAAUUUUGCGGAUUCUUCAAGUUUCAAAGUUCCUCGGCCCUUUCGUGACGAUGAUUGGUCGCAUGUUGGAGAAGAUGAUUUAUUACAUCACGUUGAUGUUGGUGGUGCUCAUGUCGUACGGCGUCUUCCGUCAGUCGGUCCUGUUCCCGCACGAGGAAUUUUCCUGGUUCUCGGUCCGCGACAUCUUCUUCAAACCUUAUUUCAUGAUCUACGGAGAAUUGUUCGCCGGCGACAUUGACCCGCCUUGCGGCAACGGAACCAAAGCGGACGGCUCCUACGAUCCGGAAAUGCCUCCUUGCGAGACGGGACGCUGGCUCAACCCGCUCCUGAUGACGUGCUACUUGCUGGUGGCCAACAUUUUGCUUCUCAAUUUGCUCAUCGCCGUUUUCAAUUCCAUUUUCCUGCGCACCAACGUCUUCUCCCACCAAAUUUGGAAAUUCAACCGAUUCAACGUCGUCAUGGAGUACGAGCAGAAGCCGGCCCUCCCGCCGCCCCUCAUCAUCUUCUCCCAUUUGUAUCUACUCGUCAAGUGGUGCCGAAGAUGUUCCAAAGGAAUGAAGGAUUCCUACGACUACGGAUUGAAACUCUUUUUGGACAAGGACGACCUGGAAAGGUUGUACGAUUUCGAAGAAGAGUCGAUGGAAGGUUUGGUCCGUGAGAGAGAAGCCAAACAGCAUCAAAGUACGGACGAAAGGGUCCGGCUGAUUGGCGAACGAUUGGACGCCAUGGGAUCCAAGAUUGAAGACUCGUAUCAGAAAUCCGCCCAACACACUGACGGCCUGCAAUCGCUGGAUUUCCGUCUGAUGCGGCUGGAAGAAGUGGCGGAGCAAACGAAUGCUUCCCUGGCCGUCAUCCAUCGGUUCAUGUCUUUCCAACGGAGCGUCCGAUCGACCGACGGAGACAACCUGCAAUUGUCCCCUACCAGAAACAGGCGCUCCUUCAAGUCGUCGCCCAACGUGGCCGUUCCUCCUCAGCCACUGACGGUCGAAGAUUUUCGACGUCAUUUGACGACUGUCGAUCCAUCAGUGGAGCGCAGCCAUUUGGGUGGUAGGCGGUCCAGCUGUGCAGCUUUCGACCCUGAUGAUGAUUGCCCGUCUAAUGUCAUGAUGCCGGUGCAGAUCCAUCAAGUAGUUGAGCCUCAAGAUCUGGCCAUGCUCCGAUCGCUGGGCAGCGCUGUUGUAGGGGGCAGUAUCAGCCAUCUUCGACGUCGCUCUGUCAGUGAGACGUCCAAAGACGGCGUCAACAUUCUCCAGUCGAUGGAAACGGACGCCCCUGGCCGGGAAGGGCCCAGCAUCUUUGAACCAUCAGUUGGGCGACAUGUAGCACUUGGUCGUGCAUCUAGCUCACCUUGGCCAGAGGUCCCACCGUCCCCCAAGCGGGUCGGCCGGAUCAAAGAGGAAGAUGACGAGCUGGGCACCACCAGCCUGGCCAUAGCGUCCUACAAUUCCAGCGAGCGCUCCAUCAGUCAGAUGUUGAGUACGCCCAUUGACGACGGAGAUGAAGAGUUGACGGAAGUCUUUGAACAACAUUCGAAUGAUUUGCUGGACGACACGAUAGUCGAUGCCAGCAGCAAUGUUCUUUUACUAGGACCGGAAACCAGCAGCUCACCUCCUCAUUAUCACCGAUCGUACAGCGUCGGAGCGGGAGUCAUCCCCCAGUCCGGUGCCGUUUCUGCCGGAGGAGAAGCCAUUGGCAUCAAACGUUUCCGCAAUUGGUCCGGUACAGACGUCGGUUUCAGUCCUCGCAGCAGUCGACGUCAAAGACAUAAAAGUCCUCCGCCUUUUGAAGAUGAUAAAAAAUUGGGUCCAGAUCAAUCGGACCAACCGGUACGCCGGACGCGUUUGCAGUCGAUGCACUCGUAUUCCCCUCCAGGCACGACCACGACGGCCGUUGUGGAUCAGCAACAACCUCCGCCCAAGAUCAACAUUAUUCCGGCUGGGCAAGGUCUUCCGCGUAGCAAGUCGGGUGGCGCUGCCCCUCGGCUAUCCACCACCAUACAUCCGCCGGCCGCUGCCAAAGUGGAAGCCGAAGCCGAACAUUUGCGGGAAAUCGAAAGACAAGAUUAUCAAAUGAUGGAAGGAAUUACCCGUCGUCGACUUCAUCGUGACUCUGAAGACUUGGAUAAUUCUUUAGAGGACUUGUGUAACGUGCCGAUUCCGCUAGAAGAGGCCCUGGACAGUUUCGACGAGUCUCCAGAAAUCGAACAAGAUGCCGUCAAUUUCCUGGUUGGAGAAAAGCUGCUGGAACGCAAAGAAGAAGACGAAGGGAUACGAGAUCAGUCACCCAAAAAACUAUUGACUUCAAAGGUGUUGGCGAAAGCGAGCAGCGAACCACCGCCCGAUGGUCACGCCAAACUAAGGAUCCUGACGCCUUCACGGCCCCUUUUAAAGAUGACCGUCAGCAAUCCAUUGACAGACGAACACGAAACAGCCCAGUCUAACCUCACCCGAUCUGUCGGUAACAUUCGCGCUUUGUCGCAUGGUCAUUUGAGGCCGGAGGAAGACGUCACAAUCAUCGUCGAAGACGAGUGUUGAAGGAAAGGUUUGAUUCAAAUUAUUUUUAAAUUGACUAUAAAUGGGGGGCGCGUGCGUGUGUGUUGCUUCGAGAAAAAGUUGUUUUCCCACCUAACCAGAGUUCGCCAAGUUCUUUUUAGCUUCAAUUGUUUCCCCUGCGUGCCAAUUCCCAAUUAUUUGUGUGGACAAUCCCUCCCGCCCCUUUUUGCUUAUUAAUGAAUUAGUGAAAUUGUUGUGUCGCCGUUGUGUUACUAUAUGUACGGGCGUUUUUAUUUUGUCACCGUACGGGCAGUGUUAUAUUUUCAUUUAUUAGGAUAAUCAAUGUUAGAGAGCGUGAUGAACCAAUCAAAAAAAGACAAAAAAAAAAAUAUUAAUUAACAAAUGGUGUUUAGGUCAAUUUUUAGAUUCCUCUAGGUGUAUUUUCCAUUGGAACGAUUUUGUUAGAAAAAGAAACGGAAAAAAAAGAAGCAGUAUUUUAUUGACUGUAGGUUCCCGGUGCGCGCGCAAAUAAACUUAUCUUGCUGGUUUCA